CCGAUGGUUCCAGAAUUUGCCUUGUGACUCCAUCACAAAUAAACAAAAAUUAUUAACCCCAGGAUACAACCCUGGGCUAUGCUCACUAUGCUCACAGAGAGAAUUAAAAAACUCUCCCACUCACACAAUCCCAACCCUUUCCAACGGUACCACUCACCAGCCAGCAGUCUUUGAACAGCGGUUUGAGCGCCGGCAAAAGAUCUCAGCCGAAGCAGCAAUCCAGAGGCAUGGCCAGGGGGCGGUGGUACUCAAGAGAGCGAUAAAUGUCUAAAUACGAGCAAUUCGGAUUUGCUCGUAUUCAUAAGGGAAUUUUCAGGUCGAUCUCGGCAUGCUAGCACUCGCCAGUUCAAUUUCGCUACGAACGUACAGCGAGCAGUAAGUGCGCGCCGGAUUAACGUUCGAAAAGAUACUAUUACAGCAGUAAACUAAACGUCAAAAUUAGUGUUGUUAGUAGUGUUAAAAGUUAUAAAAAGUGGUUAGUAGUGUUAAAACGAAAUCUAAAUGUAAAAAUGCUUUAAAGUCUAUUGUCUUAGUCUAGGGUAGUUGCACCGAGUAUAGUGCAACAAACAUAUACAAGCACAGAACAAAUUAAAAUCAAGCAGGAAAAAGGUAAAUACUUGCACAAAUAGUGUUUAUUAGUAAAAACAAGCUAAAACAGACUCCCUAAUACGACUAAAAUGCGGUUUUAAGAUAAAAGUGAGAACACGUUGUGGAAGACUAAUGGCCGUGGUAGGUCCACAAAGGGCCUUUUUCUUUUAUAUUAUUUGCCAGCUUUGUGGAAGGACGCCAUCUUUAUUCCUCCAAUAAGCCACAAAGGAGUAUCGGUGAUCCUGUCAUUCACCAAGGAAGCCAUCUUGUCGCUGAUUGGCAUACCAAGGAUCCUCGGAGACUGAGCGUCGGACGUCGAUUGAUCGCUGGACGUACUCCGGCAAAUCCGUGGACCAUAUAACGACUGACAAGUUACACCAUCGGUCGGGUUUGAGAAAGGUCACGAGGACUAGGACCCACUGACGUCAUCUGUUGUCCCGGUGGUCACCAGGCGUUGCCCGCCGUCCCGGAUUUCCACUCGAUCAGCUCCAUCGCUCUGACAGCUCGUCAGUCACCACCACGAUCCCAAGCCACAAUCCGACAGCCCGCAGUGUACCAACCAGAGUCAAAAACCGCAAGUAGUAGACAUAGAAUGUGACGUCACAAUAGCAUUAGAUAAUAAGCCAUGGCCAAUUCACAACCAAACAAUUGUAAAUAUUUGUAAUAUAAGAUGUGCACGUAAUUUCUGGUUGUUGUGUAAGUUCAUUCAGAAAGUUGAAACAUUCACUAUUAGUUUUGUUUGUGUAUCGUUCGGACUCGAAGGGAGUCUUCAUACCUCUCUCUCUUUGCGUUUCGUCCAAAAUUGCAUUGGCAGUGUGGCCUUUGAGUUAUGUUUCCCUUAAUGAGUUGCCAUUGAUGGCCACCAAACUACAGCAUAUCUGUGGAUAUGCUCUAAUGCGAGUUCCCGCUGGAAGUGGAGAGUUGAGUUUUGGUGAGUGUUGUUUACCGGUUUCCCCUCAUUCCGACCCUGGAGAUCCCCCUUUUCCACUGAGCAUAGUCGAGGGGGCUACAAAUUGGCGCCCAACAUAAAAUCUAGAAUAACAAAUUUGGUGAAUCGGUUACAAAUAUCUCUUCGUUCCCGUGAGAGGAAGGAAGAAAACAGUUUAGACUGUUUUCAGAGCGUUGCGUUCUCUGAACGGCAAAUAAUUAGGUUCAUUUUUAUAAUUUGCAUGUUUCUUUUUUGAUAAUAUUCCAUCGGGACACCCCCGGUGUGAUCAUUGUUCAUUUAGUUUGUUUUGGUGCAUGUUUACUUUUGUUGUUGGGAUAGUAUUAUAACUUUUUUAUGUUUUUAGGUGCUUUGUUGGAAUUUUCGUGGAAGCAGAAGCUGUUCAGGAGGUAAAGAGUGAGCCCUAGAAUCACAGUGGCUUAUUUUAAACCGUCCUGGAGUCCGAUUAGUCACAAUCGCGACUGAGAAGGGUGAGUACAGGUGGAGAUAAGAGUGAGUCUGGAGAGGGCACAGACGUUGAUCUGGCCGUGAUUCGAGCACUCUUUACUACCUGAACACUGCUGCAACACGAAAAAUCCCAAGCCAUGGAUUCUGAAAUCCAAAUGAAAUAUAAGACGCUACUGGUUCAUCAUUUAGAGAAGGAGGAAGUUGAGUUUGAGCUAGAUGUACGAGCCGUUGCAUUUGAGAAGACUGAAUCUGUAGGAGUUUUAAGGAGGCGUUUGAGGGAAGCAUUGAAGGACAAAGGUGAACAGGUAAAAGUUGAUUUUUCGAAGUGCCAAAAUCGCACGGUCGAUGACGAGAUUAAAGUGAUCGACCACAACGUAGAAGAAAUAAGGGAUUUUCUAGAGAAGAAAAAGAGUUUCGAGGGUGUUAAGGACUCCUUGAGAACUCGCCUAGUGCAUUACUCCGUACGAUGCUCUGCCAUUCAGGAGACGGCGGAGGAGGAUGCGGAUUUAGAGGAUUUAGACAAGCUUUCGAGUACGAUUCGUCAACUGUACAAUACGUACUUCACGCUAUUCACACCUGUUGAAUCCAUUCGUAAAGAAAUUAUGCUUCAGAUUUCGAAUUCAUUAACACAGCUGCAGCUGGCCCAGCCAAGCACAUCUGGUAUGGUGAGGCAGGUUCAAAGUAGGUCUCAAGAAACUCAGACGGAAGACGAUUUAGGUUCACAGGAAGAUGUUAGGUCAAAGCAGUCCAACCUCAGAGGUGCAUUGGGUAGACGACAACUUAAGUCAAAUUUGGAGCCAACUAAGGAACUCUCUCCAACCUCUUGCUUCCCAGCAAUGCUUCAACAGCCUUCGGGGUCAGGAAUGAAUUCCCGUAGAUCGCUAGAAGAAACAGUUUUGAAUCGGAUCGAUUUGUCAGGGAAGAGUCGAAAUCCCACAGGCUUACGAAACUCUUCGGAGAUAGACACGGAUUCUUCCUCGUCGCCAUCUCCUCCAAGCAGACGGAAGUCCAGGCAGCGAAGGUCUUACACAAAGCGAAGUAGACCGGUAUCGGACUGGAAUUUACGUUACGAUGGGAGAGAUGGGGGACAGGGUCUGAUGCGUUUUAUCAAAGAAGUGGAGUUCUAUGCCAAAUCGGAGGACGUUUCCGAAAAGGAGCUUUUCCGUUCCGCAAUCCACUUGUUUGCGGGCGCAGCCAAAAUUUGGUUUAUGGCAGGAGUUGAAAAUGGGGAAUUCUCUACAUGGAAGGACUUAGUCACGGAAAUGAAAAGGGAGUUCCUGAGCCCCGAUCACGACCAUGUCAGUGAGUUCAGGGCUAUUGAGAGGAAACAGAGACCAAAAGAGAAAUUCCAGGAUUUCUUCUUUGAUAUGCAGAAGCUUUUUAACUCACUUACCAAGCCGAUUUCCGAGCGGAAGAAGUUCGAGAUAGUCUUCCGAAAUCUCAGAGCGGACUACAAAGGCUAUGUAGUUGCGGCUAAUAUAGAUAACCUGGCAGAUUUGAAACCUUUUGGUCGAAAACUGGAUGCCACGUUCUGGUACAAGUACGAAAACCGUAAUCAGGAAGAGAACUCUUCGAAAAGCCGGAAUCAGGUUAGUGAGCUGAAGUCGAACUCCAAACCGAAGCCGACUGGAUCGGUGAAUCGACCCGACAAAACUCGUUCGGAACAGAAACUGAAUAAAACAGAGGAUGAGAAAAUUACGCAAAAGCCCAUACGUCAGGAUCAACCGGGUGAACAAAGUCAAGCGCAGAACAGUAACGCGGUAGACAAAGGGUUGCAGGCGAUUCUGGAGAAAUACACUCCUCCGAAGCCUGGUGUUUGUUAUAACUGCCGGCUUUCUGGUCACCACCAAGCGGAUUGUGACCGCCCUAAACAUAAAUUUUGUUACAGGUGUGGUUUCUUCAAUUUUGACACGAAGGACUGCCCGUUCUGUGCAAAAAACGCUUAAAUUCCCGCCUGAAGGGGCAGGCGGAGGUAGAAAGCACUCCUAAGUCCCCUGUUUCUCCAGAUUGUAACAUUUGCUCACUCGGUGAAAGACAAGUAGAAGAGGAUGAAUAUAGACACUGCUCCAGUGUAGAGAUCAGUGAGCAUUUUCUCAAAGUUGCAAAUGACGAUAGACCAUUCGUGAGAGUAAACAUUUUGAAUGUGCCCUUAAUCGGCUUGCUCGAUAGUGGAGCGAACCGAAGCAUACUUGGUUCAGGUAGUUCGUCUCUCCUCAAAGCCUGUAGGCUUCGUUUACAGCCAGCAAACAUUGAUAUUAGUACCGCGAGCGGUCAAAAAUUGGACGUUUCGGGAUGUGUGGAGUUGCCCGUGACGUUUAAGGGUGUAACAAAGUUCUUGUCAGCACUCGUGAUCCCGUCCGUUAAACGAAAAUUGAUCCUUGGAUCGGACUUCUGGCAAUCAUUCGGGAUAGUGCCAACUGUGGCGGCCGAUGAUGUGCCCAUAUCGGUAGAUGAACUGCAGGAUCACGAGGUAGAGACGAUACUAUCAGAUGAACAGUUGAAGAAACUAGAGGAGGUCAAAUUGUUGUUCAAACCAGCGGUAGAUGGUCAACUCGACACUACGUCGAUGAUCAGUCAUCGCAUAGAGCUAUCGGAUGAAACUAAGAAGCUCCCUCCGGUUCGAAUCAAUCCGUUCCCAACCUCCCCUAGUCGGCAAGAAAAGAUUAACAAGGAACUUGACAACAUGCUACAGUGUGGCAUUAUCGAACGGUCAUACAGUGACUGGGCACUCCGUCUUGUACCCGUUGACAAGCCGGAUGGAUCGGUCCGGCUGUGCCUGGAUGCCAGGAAGCUCAAUGAGCGAACUGUUCGGGACUCCUACCCUCUCCCACACGCAGAUAGGAUCCUGAGUCGUCUAGGGCCAAGUCGAUACAUUUCGACAAUAGACUUGUCAAAAGCUUUCUUACAGGUGCCGUUACAUCCACGGUCCCGUAAAUUUACCGCGUUUUCAGUGUUAGGGAGAGGGUUGUUCCAGUUCACUCGGAUGCCCUUCGGUCUGGCGAACAGUCCGGCUACCCUGUCCAGAUUGAUGGACCGUGUAUUGGGCGGGAGUGAACUGGAACCAAACGUAUUCGUUUACCUCGAUGACAUCAUCGUGGUAAGCAAUACGUUUGAGGAGCACAUGGACAGGCUCAGAGAACUAGCACGUAGGCUCAGUACCGCGAAUUUGUCCAUAAACCUGGAGAAAUCAAAGUUCUGUGUACCCGAAGUUCCUUAUUUGGGGUACAUUCUGAG